AUGUCGUACGCGGCGGUACAGAUCAAGAGUGGCUAUUACAGAAUGCCGUCGAGCUGGAUCUCAACUGCGCGAAACAACAUUGCGGAUUCGUAUGAUGGUGACUGCGGGAUGCCGCUUGAGCGGCGAGUAACCCCGUUUUUUGCGAGUCAAAUUCUGCGUUUCAUCCAUCUCCACUUCUUCAACAAGUCCCGUAUUCAUAAUGCGGGACAUCACGACUGGUUAAUUGAGAAGCAAACUCCCUCGUCGAUCGUGUACGUGGUGACAGCCCUGCACCACGCAUUACAGGAGUGGCGGAAGUCCGGGGGAGAUCCGCCCCCAUCGAGGCCAUCGGCGAAGACUGGCAAGGUUACCAAGAAUAGUUCAGCAGGGUGGUGUUAUUUUUUCAGUCUGAAAAAUGAUGGCCUCAUAUACAGUAAUGCCAUGUGUUCCUGGAACUCUCUCGAUCAUCAGAUGCAGGAAAGGGCUGUCAUGACGAUACGCAACGCGCUGAAGAUCGAGAUCAGGUCUGCUACCGAUGAGGAUGAUCGGGUACCAGUGGCGCACACGACCUCUACUCGCGAGUUCGACCCUGCUCUAAUGGAAGCAUUCCUUGCUGAACCUAUUCCUGCCGAUCCGGAUUUAGGACCAUUGGUGAUGCUAAAUGCCAGGAAAGACAUUCCGGAGGAGAGGGACAUCCGGGAGCAGCAGGAGGAGGAGGAGGAGGAGGAGGAAGGGGUGGUGGGGUGGGGGGGAUUCGGCGAGGAGUACUAUUCUGCUUGGUCUUCACCCUAUGGAGAAUGA